AAGUGGGUCGGCACUAGCUGCUGCUGGAGGACUGCGCAAAAACCACGGCCGGGAUUUGUGCCUGCCUUACGUCAUGGGGAGCCUCGGACCUCUUUGACAGGAUCCAACAACGAGAAGCACCGAGGAUGAUGUGUGAUCAACAUCCAGCGGGCCGGGAGAUGUCGACGAGCACACGGCUGUUUUGAGUCACACACUCGCCCUUAAAGUAAAACCAGGCACGGAGAUUUUUCGCUUUGAUUGUGCGAUUGCGGCACAGCAUGAGCGCGCCGCUCCGCUAUUAAAGGGACUACAGCGGCUGCUUUCUGCCUCAAACACGAGCUGUUGACCGGGGAGGGAUAAGCGGUCGGAGAACUAAUCCCCCAGGACGGUCACAUUCACGGCGGGGUUUGGACCCGACAGAAAUGGACAGGCAGGGCAGCACGAACUGGAUUAAAUGAUAGGGAAUAAAGGAGACGCCGCGAACAAAGCGAACUUGAAGUGUUAUGCCCUUUAAUCCGUGUGGUCUUUAUUUGACUGGAAAUGGGAGCUUUAACAAGCAGACAAAACAUAGGCGUGGAAGAAGUGGACAUUUCGUCCAGUUCGGUGUACCGUUAUCCACCGAAAUCUGGGAGUUACUUCGCCAGCCAUUUCAUCAUGGGGGGAGAGAAGUUUGACUCCACCCAUCCGGAGGGUUACCUGUUUGGGGAAAACACAGACCUUAACUUCUUGGGGACCAGACCUGUGGCGUUUCCGUACGCCGCCCCUCCACCUCAGGAACCAGUUAAGACGUUACGAAGCCUUAUAAACAUCCGUAAGGACACUCUGCGGCUCGUAAGGUGCAGCGAGGACCUGAAGCUGCCGGGGGACGAGGCGGCGGGGAAGAACAGGGCAAGCUACAACGUAGAGUUCACUUUUGACGCUGACACACAGGUGGCCAUAACCAUCUACUACCAGGCCAUCGAGGAGUUUCACAAUGGAGUGCCAGUUUACCUGCCCCAGGACAGCUCUCUGCAGUCUGAGACGGUGCACUUCAAGAGGGGAGUGUGCCAGCAGUUCUGUCUGCCCUCACACACCGUCAACCUCAGCGAGUGGGCUGACGAGGAGCUGCUCUUCGAUGUGGACAAAGAGGUUUUCCCCAUGGUGGUGCAGGCUGUUGUAGACGAGGGGGAAGAACAUUUGGGCCACUCUCACAUUCUGCUGGCUACAUUUGAAAAGCACAUGGACGGGAGCUACUGUGUGAAGCCUCUGAAGCAGAAACAAGUGGUGGAUGGAGUGAGUUAUCUACUGCAGGAGAUCUAUGGGAUAGAGAACAAAUACAACAGCCAAGAAUCAAAGGUUGCUGACGAUGAGAUUAGUGACAACAGUGCUGAGUGUGUGGUGUGUUUGUCGGAUGUGCGAGACACACUCAUCCUGCCGUGCAGACACCUGUGUCUCUGCAACGCCUGCGCAGACACUCUGCGCUACCAGGCCAACUGCUGCCCCAUCUGCAGACUGCCAUUCAGAGCUCUGCUGCAAAUCCGAGCCAUGAGGAAGAAAGUCAGUCCUCUGUCACCGACCAGCUUUAACCCCGUCAUUACUUCACAGACCUCUGACUCGGAGGAACACUCGGCGUCAGAGCACAUCCCUCCAGGCUACGAGGUGGUGUCUCUACUGGAGGCGUUGAACGGCCCCCUCAACACCUCCUCGGUAAAUCCUCCUCUACACUCUGGUCCCAGCAACGUUACUGGAACGCUGCCCCCGUACAGCAGUGAGCCUCACCCGACCCCAGCCCGCUCCCUCUCGCCUCUCGACCACUCCAACUCCAGUCAGGGACUCAAACUCAAGAAGAGUGGGUCAAAGUCCCUUUCCCAGAAUUCCUCUGUGCUUCCUGAGGAGGAGGAUGAGAAGUCUUGCAGUGAAUCGGAGGCCUGUCGUCAUAAACUUGCCGUGGACCAGCAGGAGCAUGGAGUGACUCCAGACAGCGAGAACCUGACUCUUUCCUCGUCUGGGGCCAUCGACCAGUCGUCCUGCACGGGAACCCCACUCUCCUCCACCAUCACCUCCCCUGAAGACCCAGUAGGCAGCAGCCUGGUGCAGUCAGUGAUGUCCAUGGCCUCGUCCCACUCGCAGCACUCCCACAUCAGCACUGACACCAUGUCCUCCAUGUCAGGAUCUUACCUGGCCGGGGCCGAAGGCGAGCCUGGGGGGGACGAGGGGGGAGACGCCGAGGGCGAAGAGAACCAGGACGCCCCCAUGGAGAGCCGAGGACCGUCGCAGCAGGACGGGGAGUUUUCCCAGGAGCCAAAGGAACAAAACUACUCCGUGGCUUUAGAGGAGCAGGACUCAGAGGGAAACGAUGUCACAGAAGAGGACUGCUCCUCCCCGUCUAAUGGGAAAGGUGGGCGGAGCAGGUGUCCAGAGUUGGCCAAUAACAAUCAGGGCGUCGCCCUCUGUGACACACCCUCUUUGGGGUUGGAUAAUGAGCAGGCUCCCGACAGCCGAUUCGCCGGUCUGAUGUACCUCGGGGGCUACAGGCCUGUUUUGGAGCCCCCCUCCCACCACACCUCCACCAGCAACAUCAACAUGGAGGAGCUGGGGGCUGAGAACAGGGACGGCCAGAGUCCUAAACAUCCCCGCCGCGGACCACUCAUUGUGUAACACACUUUAACAAACACACACAGAAACACACAGACUUCUCCGUCCAGAGUCAGCUUACCCUGCCAUAGUGCUGCAUCGCUGGAUACUAUCCUGCAGGGAACCCCCCCCCUCCAUCCGUCUUGAUUGUCGUUGCUGGCGCUGAAACUCCUCGAGUAGAAAGAGGAGGGAAGAGGAACAGAAGGGCAUCACGUGUCUGUCGUCUGUGCACUUUUAUCUCGCAGGAGUUUCUUUGUUUUUGUUCUUGUUGUGGGAUUGUUUAGCCGACUGCUACGUUAUUAUUUAUUACCUGUAGGUCUAACCAAUGAGAGCUUUGUAUUGUGACACUAUCUCUAGAAAAAUACAUGCUGCUCCUUUCCUCUCCUCUAUUACCAGCCAAACAGUCAGGGGCUACUGUGAUCGGCAAUCUGAUUUAUUACUAAUGUACUUCUUCUUCUCUCUUAUAAACUGUAUGUUGAACAAGUGUUCGGACACUAUUUAAAAGUCAGCUCACACCGGCCUACCUUACCUUGGCGAACUAAAACGUGCUGUUUCCUCUCUUCGGACCAGGGAGCUCACGUCUCGACUUCGCAUGCAGCUUUCGACCUCUGCUGAUGUUUUCCUCUCACUCAAACAACCUCGGACUUGUAAGGCGGCGGUCGAGCCAAAAUGAACAGAAAUGGACUGAAAAGAAACAAAAAAAGACACGUCACACAGAAUGUAGGACGAUGAACGUGGAACUCUUAGAAGGGGAAUGUACGUGACAUUUAAACUGGAAAUUAACAUUAACUUUGAACACUAAACUGGUUUUAAAAACACAAAAGCACCCACCAUGCCAUACUCUCUUUCUGCAGCUUCAUCUUAGCAUGUCAGUAUUACCGUAGUGCAACUGGAAUCUUAAGUACCACCAAGCAAUAAAGAUGCCGAAGCUGCACCUCCUCCUCUGUGCAGUUCAAACUAAAAAAUUCAAAUCCAAACAUUUCAAUGUGUUUAGUUUUCAUUCUUUUUAUUUUAAUGUUUCCAUUGUAAAGGGAUUUAUUGUGAGAAACAUCACACGGUGAAUUAAAAAACCACACUAUGGCAUUUUGUUCAUCCACAUAUUAUCAUCCCGACGAGCCCUUCUCUCCUCGUUUGUGAAGCUUUUAGUUGUUUUGGUUUUGUGUAACUUUAAUGUAGAGUUCACCUGUUGUUGAUGUUCUCCGUUCCCGUGUUUUUUAAUUUGUUGCAAAACACUGUGUCGUUUUACUAGAAUGUGGAUGAAAAUAUGUGAACAAUUAAUUUGUAAAGGUUUACACACUCGCAUAACGAAAAACUGAAAAGGGACAAUAUCAACAUUUAAUGCACUGUUAUCUGUUUCCUAGACGACACACUUUGCGGUGCAUGAGGCGAUAGUAGAGUAAGCAUGUUAGUCUAGGUCAGCCCGCACCCUCCUGUAGAAAACUGGAUGAUGGAUCACUGCACACACAUAAAGCCGGACCAUAUCCUUCUGCAGUGUAUAUCGGUUGCUGGUUCCCUAUUCCCUUGACCCGAACUGUUUACGGUCAAGAGGACUGCAUUACUAUAUCCAAGCUGCAAACAGUCAUGUGAUCACAGUCCGAAUGUGAAGAUGAAGCCGUUCUCUGGCACCAGUGAUAUCAAAGGAAUGGGUCCCGAAUCUGUAAGACCCCCACUUUUCUAGAACUAUGGAUGAAAAUGUAAAUGAAAACAUCAAACGGACAAUAAAGUUUUUGCAACUAAA